UUUCAUCCAUUUCUAAGACCGAUGCCUCGCCGCAAAGUAGCAAUGCCGCAUCACCCACCGGCACAAUCCUCGCUAUCGCCUUUAGAAACCCGCUGGGGGCUUCUAACCUAUACAUUGUCUCGAGUCCCGGCCCGAAAACUACCGCUUCUGGUCGCUUAUGCCUUGACGAUAGUCAAACUGGCAGAUCACGGCUGGAUAAGUCGCGAGGCAUUGGGAAAAGGAGGAGGAAGUAUUGUCGGCGCGCUCAGCAUGGUUAGUGGCCUCUUGUUAUCUUACAGAUUCUCAUCGGCGAUUGGAAAAUGGGAUGAGGGUAAGCAAGUAUGGUCUGGAGUGCGGACAACAAUUCGUGACGGUAUAAGGAUGCUGUCUACACUCCCUGGUGGAAAGGUCAAACAGGUAUCUUUAGAUGGCUAUGAAGAGUCACCUGACCAAGAAGGAAAGAGCAAACAGAAGCUUGUCAGCCAAAGGAUAGAUGAGCUUUCUGGCCUUUUGGUCAGUUUUGCCUUCGCCCUGCAGCAUAACCUUCAAGGCACUAGACCAUUACCCCAAGCGCCUUUGUGCGACCUCCUUCCCAGCGGCUAUCUUUCCUCUCUGAAGAGGACUGAGGCUCGGGUACGAUUUGCUGAAGAUCAUGCCGGCCCAUCUGGCUCCCAGUCUAAUCCCCCGGAAUCUGGUCCUAGCAAGACUUCCCCGACCGAUCAAGAGGAAUCAGACCAAAGUCGGGAACUGGGGAGCCUGGCAUUCGGUGCGGAAGAAGCCAUCGCUAAGCUGUCUGAAGCAGUGACGGCGAUGGAUCCUGUAGAUACCAGUAGAAAUGAAGAGCUUCAACAGCAGCUUAACCAACUAAAUCUUCCCGACGGCUCGGUUGACCUUCCAUCAGAGCUUUCGGACGACAAGUCCUUCACGUUCACUACCCUUGAACCCUCGAAACCUCAAAAAUCCAACCUACACUCUCCCAACCCGCCAAACCUCGCCUUAGCUAUUCUAAAACUUAUCGAACUUUACGUGGAGGGAAUGAGAGAGAUACCUGAAGAUGAGGGUGGCUGGGAUUUAGCAAGGCGGGAACGAGGAUUCAAUCUGGUGAAGGCUUUGAGUGAGCAUCUGGGAAAGGCCGAGAGACUAUCGUCUAACCCUCCUCCGUUACCUCUUACUCUCCACCUCUCUCAUUUGCUUGUGAUCUACCUUGCAGCAGUUCCAUGUUCCCUUCUUUGUGUUGUGGACGGCUGGCUCUUGGUAUUUAUCACCUUGAUUGCUGGCUGGUGUCUACUAGGUUUGGAAGCACUUAUAGGAGAAGUAAGCGGUGUGUUUGGCUCGUCAGAAAAUCACCAUCCCCUCCCAAUUUUCACCGAGCAGAUUCUGAGCGAAUCGUUGGACAUUUCGCCAUCCUUCUUACGAUACUACAAGGCCAGAAUUAUCGCUAGAGUGGGCAGGAAUACUAAAGAGGCUGUUGAAUUGGACAGGAGAGGAAGGAAAGGUGCGGAAGAUUGGACGCCAUCCUUCAAGUAGCCAGUUCUUUUUGUUCAUAAGCUGUGUAAGGUUGUAAAGUAUGUCU